GGUUUGUUGACAGCACAGCCUCUCUCACCAGCGAUAGUAGUCAAUGAUCCGAGCUGAAAAACGACGGUCGCAUGUAAUUAUUUCAGGCGUUAAAACAUUUAAUUCGUGUCAAUCAGUUAUUACAAUUACGAUAAUCAAAAAAUAGCAGACAAAAAUAUGAUGCCGAAGAAGAAGCUUUUGUAUGCAUGGUGGCAGGAGGAAGAGAAGAAAAAAAUCGAGGAGGCUGAAUCGAGCGAAGAAAUCGCCGAACAGAACGGAACUGACGUGUCAAACGAGGAGGCUGAAUCGAGCGAUAAAGUCGACGUACAGAACGGAAUUGACGCGUCAAACGAGGAGGUUGAAUCAAGCAAAAAAAUCGACGAACAGAACGGAACUGACCCACCAAACGAGGAGGCUGAAUCGAGCGAAAAAAUCGACGUACAGAACGGAACUGACGUGUCAAACGAGGAGGCUGAAUCGAGCGAAAAAAUCGACGUACAGAACGGAACUGACGUGUCAAACGAGGAGGUUCAAUCGAGCGAUAAAGUCGACGUACAGAACGGAUUUAACGCGUCAAACGAGCAGGACGCCAAGAUAUCGAGGCAACCCCCGGUUAAACGAAAACGAACCCUCACACAAGUCGAGGAGGUUAAAUCGAGCGAAAAAAUUGACGAACAGAACGAAACGAACACGACAGUCGAGGAGGUUGAAUCGAGCGAAAAAAUCGACGUACAGAACGGAAUUAACGCGUCAAACGAGGAGGUUGAAUCGAGCGAAAAAAUCGACGAACAGAACGAAACGGACACGACAGUCGAGCAGGACGCCAAGAUAUCGAGGCAACCCCCGGUUAAACGAAAACGAACCCUCACACAAGUUGAGGACGUUGAAUCGAGCGAAAAAAUCACCGAACAGAACGAAAUGGACACGACAGUCAAGGACAGCAAGAUAUCGAGGCGACCCCCUGCUAAACGAAAACGAACCCGCAUGCAAGUCGAGAAGGGUGAAUCGAGCAAAAAAAUCGCCGAACAGAACGGAACUGACGUGUCAAACGAGAAGGGUCAAUCUAGCAAAAAAAUCGCCGAACAGAAUAAUCCCAACGACAUCGCCGAACAGAAUAAUCCCAACGACAUCGCCGAACAGAAUAAUCCCAACGACAUCGUCGACUUGCAUACGCUGUCGGACAGGCUCUGGUGCUUCGAAUGCGACCUUCCGAUCUCGCUCAAGCACAUCGAGAGCACAGAGGUCAAUCUCCUGGUCAGGAUUUUCAAUGUGGAGUGCCAGAAGUGCAAGGCAAUUUGCAUUGUACCGACGAGCGCCAACUGCCCUGACUACAUACCGAAACCUCCGAAAUUGAAUGGGGAAGGCUCGAAAUCGAAUGGGAAAGGCUCGAAAUCGAAUGGGAAAGGCUCGAAAUCGAAUGGGAAAGGCUCGAAAUCGAAUGGGAAAGGCUCGAAAUCGAUUGGGAACGGCUCGAACUCAAUGGCAAACGACUCAGAAUCGGAUACCUCUUCAACUUCACAAGGAAAUUGCUCGAAGUCAAUGGCAAGCGACUCAGAUUCAUUGGCGGCUCCGACCUCUACGGCGAUGGCUUCGACUUCUGCGACGACGGCUUCAACUUCUGCGAUCGCGACAUCCACAGAAGCUCCGAACGUGAAGGAUAAAUAUAAACCUCUUUACACACCCGUCGAAGGCCGCACUAUCGUCGAUCUUGAGUAUCUGGCGAAUAAGCUCUGGUGCGAAAAUUGUCAGCUUCCGCUGUCGUUGCGACACGUCCUUGAGUGGUGCGUCGACAACCUCGUCGUGAUCUUCCGAGUUCACUGCCAGAAGUGCAAUGCGGAGGUCGAGGCGGAGACCAGCUCGAAGGAGCGCGGGGAGAACCGUUACAAAAUCAACGUUCAAGCGUCAAGGGAGGACAUCAAGGAAGAGAUGAAGGUAGUCUUUAAAAUUAUAAAUUUGACGUGGAAACUGAUCGAGCAGAGCCCCCAGGAGAAUGUGGAAAAUUCUCGGCCAGUAGAAGCUGGAGAAGAGAAUGUGGAAAAUUCUCGGCCAGUAGAAGCUGGAGAAGAGAAUGAGGAAAGUCCUCGGCCAGUAGAAGCGAGAGAAGGGAAUGUAGAAACUCCCGUGUCUGACGAUGAGAGCAGAAAGGAAGGAAAAGCUCACAAGUCUUAAAAAAACUCGUCGAAAAAGGAUAAAAAAGGACGUCAAUGAAGAAUUAGCCUCGAAGAGCCAUUCAGAAUGUGACAUCGAUUUUCCAGCGAGGAAGAUCGAUUAUAUCUUUAGUAAUUUUAUCUUAACGGUUAUGAUUUAUUUUUAUAUAAUAUAAUAUAUUUAUGUUGUAUCAAGAACGUAUGUAAGAGACUAUUAACCAAUUGUAAAUUUGACUUUUGUAUAGCGCAUGUGUGAUACAUGAUAAAUAAUUACGAUCGAUUUUAAUAAGCCAUAAAAAUGUAUUUACUUCUUCAACACUUA